AUGUCGCACGAGGAAGGGCGGCAGACUCAUAUUGCCAUUCUGCGCAUCAAGCGCAAGCGCACGCACCAGCUACAGCCGCUGGACGCCCUCGUGUUCGAUCAUGCCGAACCGUCCGCAAAGCGCAGACGGAGCGACAGGGCCAACAAGGAGGCAGCACAGGGCAGCGGUACAGCCCCUCGAGGGAUCUUUCGCUUCGCGGAGACUGUAUCUAUCGACUCGUUCUCCACGCCUAGCAAGACUCGCAGCUUGAGGGACCGGAUCCAGUCUUUUCUCACACACCCUCCACCUGCCUUGUCUCGCCAUGCAUCUUCCUCCUCUCUUCGCUCCGCCGCCAUUCGGACGGGACCAUCCACCCCCCAAUCCCCUCAUACCGCAUCGACACCCGGCUCGCCAAAUCUUCAGCCGACGCCCACUCGACGAAAGCUGCCUUCCGCACUUCGCGCCCUGCGCGAAGCCUCGUCCUCGGUCCCUUCUGAUGCGCCGCCUGCCAUCGCCCAAAAUGCCGAGAGCAGAGUCUCGCAGGUGCAUGCACAGGCGAGACUUCAGCGUUACCGCAUCAUUGAAAAGCGACGAGCUGGUUUUGAUGCGGGGAGCGACGCGGCGGCGGCGGCGGAGCAGAAACGCUUGCAGCAAGAGCGAAGGCAAGAGGACGACGAGAUCAGGCGCGGUUUGCGCCCGCCGCGGGUCCUGACGACGCGGGAUGUGCGGCAGAAGUCCGGUGACGAGGAUGCGGGCACUUACAGCGGCUCACCGGAUGCGGCGGGACUGCGCAUCUACGAUGCCAUCGAAGAAGGCGAGGAGCGGACGAGCAGUACGCGACUACCAGGGUACGGGUCAAAAGGCGAGCCGAAGGUUGAGGACGACCGCAUGGCGAUGGACCAGUUCGGCGACAUGCUCAAGGAGUACCUCACCCUCCAAGAGUCGAUCACCCCAUCUGACGACCACGCGCACUACAAGCAUUCUGAUCCGACCAGUCUCCAACCCGCUUCAUCCUUGCUCGAAUCUUCACAAACAGGAGACAGCGACAACGACUUUGUCUACGACGUCUACUACCGCGAUACGAGUACCGCUAUGGCGGCGAGUGCGACGAGUGUGCUUCAUACCGGCGAAGGCGGUUGGGACGUGAGCAGUCUGAGCGGACUGCGGCGCAUCGGGCAGCUUGCAGGUAUGCAGGACUUGUCGGACGACGAAGAAGGAUCCCUGCUCGUGCACGAGAACGACGUCGACCCAAGCUCCGAGGAGGAGGACCUGGCUGAUCAAGACAGCAAUGAGGAGAACGACUACAGGAACGACUAUCCAUCAGACGAGGAUCCCGCCUCCGACAACUUCGAGAGUCCUGCCGCGUCAAUCCCGCUCGGCUGGCGGGAGAAGCGCAACGGAACGGACUGGGACAGCGGAGGGGAGGAUACGGACGACUCGGACGAGGAAGCGGAAUGGAGCGAUUGA